UGUCAAUAAUAUUAAUACCGUUUUUUUUUUGAAUAAAUAUAUCUUUUAAUUUUUAUAUAUAUAUACUGUCAUUAAUAGGCGUAUAAAGAUAUGCAGGAAGUACAAACACCUCCAGCAUAUAAUGAAGAUAAAGUAGAAUAUGAAUUAAAUACUGUCGAGAGUGAUGUGAAAUUGGAUGAUUUCACUAUUCCACAGGAUCCUAUAGAAGAAUAUCAUUUUACAUGGAGAGCAAGUAUUAUCGGCUCUCUAUUAGGCUGUUUAGUUGCUGCAUCAAAUACUUAUCUCGGGUUAAAAAUUGGUUGGACCUUUGGUGCAUCUCUUUUUGGCGCUAUUUUCUCUUUUGCUAUCAUUAAACCUUUAUCUCGUAUUUUACCCCCUCGUUGGGGUGGAGGUUACUUUGGCCCAAAAGAAAAUUGUACAGCACAAUCAGCUGCAACGACCUCUGGCGGUCUUUCGGCCGGUUUUGUAUCGGGUAUCCCUGCCAUGUACAAAUUAGGUUUAAUGAGAUCACCUAAAGAAGAUGCUGCUGCCCUCUUUCUUUUCACUAUCUCUGCAGCCUUCUAUGGUCUCUUUUUCGCUGUUCCUCUUCGUCAACAUUUCGUAGUCAAGCAGGACUUGACUUUCCCUACCCCUCGUGCCUCUGCUACUACCAUCCUAUCCCUUCAUAGUACGGUGGAGGGUGAAAAGGAAGCAAUGAAGAAAGCGAUAUGGAUGGGUAUCUGGUUUGCUAUCUCCUUUAUUUGGUCUUUAAUUUCUUAUUGGAUCCCAUUCUUAGAUACAAUUCAUAUCCUUUGGUGGAUCGGUCAUUCUGCUAAUUAUAUCCCUCUUAUGAGCGCUGAUGCCAAUUGGGGUUGGAAUUUCCGUUGGGAUUUCCCUUUCUAUGGUGCUGGCUUGAUGACGCCUGGUUCAACCGUUCUUUCCUUCUUUAUUUCUUCCCUCGUUAUUUAUGGUAUCAUCGGUCCCUGUUUAGUCUCUUCAGGUUAUUUUGUACAACCGAUGGGUAUCACCAGUAAAGGUCCAACUACUCAAUCUUUCUUUUUAUGGCCAGGUAUUGCUCUUAUGGUCUUGACUUCAUUCUCUGAACUCUUUGUCCGCUAUGAUACCCUAUGGCGUGGUGUAAAAGGGGGCGCAGUCGGUCUUUAUAAUGGGUGUAAAAAGGGGUAUUACUUUGUAAAGAAAUAUAUCGUUGGAAGGAAGCUCUCUGAACAUGAAUUGAAGCAAAUGAAUCCUGAUUUGGAUGAAGAUGAAAUCUUCCAGGCGAAUCAAUUAGUACCUCAAUCGUGGUGGAUCACGGGCGUUUUUAUCUCUAUCAUUUUCACUUGUGUUAUUAUGGGUGAAUACUUUGGUAUGACCGUCUAUGAAUCCAUUAUAGCUGUCCUUCUCGGUUUUAUCUUGUCCUUUGUUGGUGUUCAAGCCGCUGGUGAAACGGAUAUUAACCCUACUGGUUCUAUUGGUAAAAUGUCUCAAUUGGUCUUUUCUGGUAUACCCGCUCACACAGUCGAUCAACUUCGUAAGAACAACUUGAUGGCUGGUAACAUCUCUGCCUCUGCUGCCUCUCAGGCUGUCGAUAUGGUAGGCGAUUUGAAGACAGGUCAAUUAGUAGGUGCCUCCCCUCGUUCCCAAUUCUGGGCUCAAUUCGUUGCUUCCUUCUUUGCAAUCGGUAUUGCUGUAGGUCUCUUCAUUCUUUUCGCUGAAGCAUAUCCUUGUGUCAUUAGCCCUACAUUUGAAGAUAACUGUGAGUUUGGUAUGGUUGCGGUGAAGGCUUGGUAUAAUGUCACACUCCUAUUAACAGGAGGUGGUGAACCUCUUCCUCGUGCUAGUGUUAUCGUUACCAUCAUUGCUGCUGUCGUCGGUGUCAUUGCUCCCUUUAUUCGUGAGUUCUUGGUUCCUAAGAAAUAUCAUCCUUACUUCCCUUCUGUCUCCGCUAUCGGUAUCGCUAUGAUCAACACGAGCCCUGAGGUUCCCUUGUCUAUGUUAAUCGGUUGGAUUGCAGGUCUGAUUUGGAAACGUGUUGAUAAUAAAGCUUAUGACAAUUAUAUGUAUAGUGCUGCUGGUGGUAUGAUCGCUGGCCAAGGUAUUUCCGCUAUCGUUCAAGCUGUCUUCAAAUUGAGUAAUGUUGCCCCUUAUCCUUAUACUGGUUCCUGCAUAGAAGGACUCCUUGAUAACUGUCCUUAAUAUAGACAAAUAGAUAUAAAUAUACAUAUACAUCUAUUUGUGUAUAUAAAAGUAUAACCCCCCUAUUGUAUUUCUAUUCUAUAUAUACUCUAUUUUGAUAAUUACUUUUACUAUUAAUCGG